CGUGCAUGUAUUCUGGGGUGUAUGUACAAUCUAAAAAUCGAGUGCUUCAUUUGCUUUGAACAAUACGGGAACAAUACUGUCACAUAGAAAGGAUUAUAUACUCGGAUAUCUAGGAAUAAUAGAGCGUCUCUUUAAAUCGAAAAGAAAAGGCACGGAGUGUGUGUGGUAGAAAGGAUUCAUUUUGACUUUGUCGGAGCCUGAGGUGAGAGCUGUUGGUGAUCACUGCAAGCAUCCAUUAUCCUCCCUCGAGAAAUAUAUUAGCAUAUUGGACCUUGUUUUUUACAUUCGGCUGUGAAACUUGUGCCGAGACUGAAAGAAGAACAAAAUGUCUGACGAAGAUCUAAAAACCGUCUUCAAGUCUUUCUGCGCCUUCGGUGCCGGAAGCAAGGACGCUCAGCCUCAGAUGGACAACGCCAAGUUUAACAAGUUUUUUAGAGAUCUUAAACUCUAUGACAAGAAGUUCACCAGUACCGACACGGAUAUCAUCUUUAACAGACCAGAAGUGAAAUCUAAGACUGAACGUAAGAUCAACUUCUCCCAGUUCAAGGUAGCUUUAGAAUUGUGUGCUGAGAAGAAAUACGGAAGCAAACCGGAAGUCUCAAAGCUCAUUGAAAAAAUCUGCAGUGGCAAGGGACCUGGAACAUCGGGUGCUACGAAAACCGUCAAAGCCGGAGGCGUAGAUCGGUUAACCGAUACAUCCAAAUAUACGGGUUCUCACAAGGAACGGUUCGAUGAAUCCGGUAAAGGCAAGGGUCUGGACGGAAGGAAGGACUUCGACGCCAAGGCCGCCGCGGGGUAUGUCGGCGGAUACAAAGGGGAGGGAAGCUAUGACCAAAAAUAGACAAUUGAAUUAUUAUAAUAUUUUCUACUAGUUUUGUAUCUUAACCUUUUUAUUCCUCGAUUUUGUUUAAUGUGUUAGAAGUUUCAUGAUUAUUAUAAGUAAUUUAUGUUACUGUUGAAAAAGUCAAAAUAUAGGCCUAUAUAAUAUAGAUUAUACAUCAAAUAUUCGCUUAUCUGUUCAAAUAAAUAUUUAAGAGAAAGUUAUGAUGCAUCAAAUAAAAUUUAAUGUGAUAUAGUCUUUUAAACAAUGUCAUUCAAGAAGAAUACUGUCAAGAGUGAGUGAGUGCUACAAUUUAAAAUACCGGUACAGUUGCCAUAUCAGCAUUAAAUGCUCUUGGUUUGUCUCAUUGUAUGUGUUGUCAAGAAUUCGUUAUAUUCAGUAUUCCACUAUCACGACCAAUUGUUUUUACUCCUUGCAAUUAUUCCACUGAAAAUGAAUCUGACUGGAAAAGGUAUAAUUCCCUCUCGUUCGGGUAUAACAUCAAAUAUAUAUUACUUUCUAUCAUAAAAUUUGAAAGGGGAAAAAGCCGGCAUAGCGAUGUGGAAAAAUUAAUUUUAAGAAUAACAUCUACUGCUAAAUUGCCCAGUGAUUCGGCGAUAUGAUCUAGCCCAAUUUUAAUAUUUUCAAAUUAUUCAAAUUCUGAUCAUUGUUUUGAAGAGGCUGAAAAACAAUACAGACGGCAGAAGAAAAAACAGGAACGAAGAGAAUUUCAAAAAUCUCAUGUGUCUGAUCAUAAAUAAUGAUGUUCACGACUGAUGUUGUGUUGUAUAAGAAUGAUCUUCUUUUGACCAUAUUUUGCUUCUCAAAUACGAAUGUGCCUGAAUAAUCACUAAACCUCCUCAAUGGACGAACAUAUAUUUAGCAAUCAAUUUUAAUUUACAUUUCAAUGCCAAAUUUCAUCUAGAGUCUUUCGCUGUGUGUCCUCACUUCCAAGUAAACAUAGUGUAGUAUGUCGAUAUUGGAACUUUUAAAGAGUAAUAUUUUGUAUGGGGUGUGUGUGUAUUUUAUUAAAUAUUUGAAUGUUUCUAUUUGAUAUAUAGGUUGAAUCUGAAAUCACGAAUAUUAUUAAAGCUAGGACAUUCCUAUAUGUUAUAAAUUAAUCUAUAAUAAAGAUUAUACCACAACGAA